AUGGCCACUUAUGAUUGGUACUUUACUCCUUCGUACCAUAGCUCUCCAGCCCAAGCACCUUUGGUUGAACCCCAACUCCAAGCAGUUUCACCUCCAACACUUCCUGUUGAGGAGCCGCCUCAGCAGCCACCACAGCCACCUCCCGAGCCUCCAAGGCGAAGGAGGAACACACAUAUAUCCGUGCGAGGAGGACCUCGUUUUAGUUCUCCUCAGGGUUCGAGUUCUUACCCUCCUAUUCCAGAGGACCCCCCAAUAGGUGGGCCCUCAAACGCGGCACCGGAGAUCGAUCCUCCGCCAGCUUCUUAUGCACCACCUCAGCCGCCUAUGGGUUUCGACAACCCUAUCCCGACUUACCCAGGUUCUUCUGGGUAUAACCCUUUUGAAAAUCCAUCGGGAUAUCCAUCGGAUUAUGGAACUCAUGACCCGUACCUUAUUGCUGCAGAAUAUCAUCAUCUUUACCCUUCUUCUUACCCUCCAGUUUAUCCAACUGGAUACCUAGUGCAGGGUUAUCAAUACCCGCCUUACCAGCAACCUCCUCCUCCCCAGCAGCAGCAGCAAACUCAGGAAAUCCUAGAGAGGUUAGAUAAGGUUGAGCAUGAGACUAGAAAAACCAAGAAGGAGCAUAGUAGCUUCAUGAAGGGCCUUGCAAACCUUAUUAAAGGCAAGAAGAAGUAG